UGCGAGAGGUACGGGGUUCGAUACCCCGCAUCUCCAUAAUCUAUCCAGUUGUUUAGAAGGUUUCGUUUUGUUUUUUCCUUCAAGUUUUCUGGUUCUUCUUCAAAGUGGAAGCUUCUACGCGCUUCAUAUGCAGAAACCUCCCCAGAACCUCGCAGGCCAAAAUUUAAUUGAAUGGUUGAUCUAAUAUUUUGUUUCUCACCUUUCGCUUUUAUAGUAAUAAAAAAGUUUCUUACUGAGCUAUUUUGUCGCAAUUGAAUUGACGAAGAAUUAUGUUGGUCUCUAGACUUGGAGUUGGAAUGGUUAAACAGCUCGCAAAAGGCAUGUAUAAAUCCUUCAGCAGAACCGCAUUUGUACAAACACCUUACACUCAAUACUGGCGGCCUCAGUUUGAAUUACAUUCAGCAACUAAGGCGUUCCUAGGUACCAUAUUUCAGAAGCAUCGUCUGUUUUCUACUACAGAUUCUGGUAGUGAAAGGAUCGGUGGAAGUGAACAAAAGGAAAUGAUAUCUGUAACAUUCGUGAACAAGGAUGGAGAGGAAAAGCACAUCAAGGUUCCAGUUGGAAUGUCAAUGUUGGAAGCUGCUCAUGAAAAUGAUAUAGAACUAGAAGGAGCCUGUGAAGGUUCACUUGCCUGUUCAACAUGUCAUGUGAUUGUCAUGGAUGUAGAACACUACAACAAAUUAGAAGAACCAAAAGACGAGGAGAAUGACAUGUUGGAUUUGGCCUUUGGGCUCACAGAAACUUCUCGCUUGGGUUGUCAGGUCAUUGCAAAGCCUGAACUAGAUGGAAUCCGAUUAGCUAUUCCUGCUGCCACAAGAAAUUUUGCAGUUGACGGUUAUGUUCCAAAACCACACUAGACAUGGUGGAGCGCUAGGAAGUUUAUGCUGAGGGUAAGGAUACAGUCACCACAGUUUUCUUUCAUGGAACUAAUUCUAUACUUGCAUCAUAUAAAUGAGGAUGAAGGGAUUGAGACUGUUGAGUCCUCUAUAAUGUCAAAAGAGAAUGCUUUAUGCAUUACAUUACUUGGGUUUUACCUAUUAUUUCCUUUCAUGCAUAAAGCAUUAUGCAGGAUUUACAGUGCUUUGCCUUUGCCUGCGUUUAAAUUAAAGGUUGACCAUUCAAAACCUAAUUGUCAAUCCUUUUUGCAUGCUACACCUAAUUCUAUAUUUUUUCGCUCAUCAUCUAUUGAAA